AUGGCUCCUACCUCUCGUCACGCCCAGAACCUGGGUCAGGUUAUUGAAUAUAUUCCCGACCGACUCUACCUCGCCGCCUACAUCAACCCGCCCACGACUGACACACCAUUUCCUUCGCCGCCCGAGUCGCCGCGAAAGCGAGCGCAAAGAGCGGCUGAAGGUCGUGCUGCGCCGUCGCCCAGCUGCCGCUCGCCUCCUUGCUACUUUACGAUUGACGACAGCCUCUUCUACAAUGCCUUCCACCACGACUUUGGCCCGCUGCACAUUGGCCACCUCUACCGUUUCGCCAUUCGCUUCCACGACAUCCUCGGCGCCAAGGAGAACAAGGAUCGCCCAGUCGUCUUUUGGAGCGCUGCCGACCCCAGAAGCCGUGCCAACGCCGCCUGCAUGCUCGCGUGCUACAUGGUCCUCAUCCAAAACUGGCCGCCUCAUCUGGCCCUCGCCCCCAUUGCCCAGGUCGACCCGCCCCUGAUGCCCUUCCGCGAUGCCGGCUAUAGUCAGGCCGACUAUGGCAUCACGGUCCAGGACGUCGUCUACGGCGUCUGGAAGGCCAAGGAGGAAAAGUGCAUCGACCUCGACAACUUUGACCUCGACGAAUACGAGCGCUUCGAGCGUGUCGAGCACGGCGACUUCAACUGGGUCACGCCCAACUUCCUCGCCUUUGCCUCGCCCCAGCACACCCCCGUCGCCAAGAUCAGCGAAGACUCGGACCUCUUCAAGCUCCUGCCCAAAGACCUCGAUGCGCUCGAUGCGCACCCCACGCUGCCGCAGCCCUUCAAGAAUGUCCUGUCGCACUUUGCCGAGCGCAACAUUGGCCUGGUCGUGCGCCUCAACUCGCACCUCUACUCGCCCUCGUACUUUGAGGCCCUGGGCAUCCAGCACAUUGACAUGAUCUUUGACGACGGCACCUGCCCUCCGCUGACCACUGUCCGCAAGUUUAUCCGCCUCGCCCACGAGAUGAUUACCGUCAAGAAGAAGGGCAUCGCCGUCCACUGCAAGGCCGGCCUGGGCCGCACGGGCUGCCUGAUUGGCGCCUACCUCAUCUACCGCCACGGCUUCACCGCCGACGAGGUCAUUUCGUUUAUGCGCUUCAUGCGCCCCGGCAUGGUGGUCGGCCCCCAGCAGCACUGGCUGCACCUCAACCAAGGGACGUUCCGCGAGUGGUGGAUUGAAGAGCGCGUUGAGCGCAGACUGCGACGUGAGAUGGCAACCUCGAACCCGGUGCCGAGCACACCUAUCCGAGCCAUGCAGAAGAGCUCGAUCCGCAACGGCCAAUUGUCCACGCCCCCCAACCGCAGCCCCUCGAACCGCACACCCCUGAGCGAGGUGGAGGACCGCAGCAACCAAGGACACAACCAGGAGGACUACCUGCCCGCGCCCACCCCCGGCCAGCCCAGAAAGACUCGUUCGGAGCGCCACCACCCGUAUCAACGAUCGGGGACGACGACGAUUGAGGAGAAGCAAGACAUUGAGCAGGAGACGGAAGUCGUUGCCGUGCAGCGUCAUUCAGCUGGCGGCGCCGCCGAUUCCGAGGAAGAGCUCCUCAUCCGCAUGCGCAGCUCCCGCAAGGCGUCCCAGUCGCCCAUGCGGAGCGAAAAGUCGCGCUCCGUCAGCCAGACCACAUCAACCACGACGGUCUACAUGGUUGACAAUGACGCUUCUCAGGACGCCGAGAACAUUGGUACCGGCCGGUCACCCAAGGCAGUGGAGCGCACACAGAGCGCCUCGGCCACCCUCCCCCGCGUUCGCGGCAGCCGGCGCGGUGCCAUGCCCGAGUCACCGCUCCGCAGCAAGGACUCGUCGACUUCAUCGGCCGGUGUGCGCAAGACGAGCGGUCGCGUAGGCAGCAUCAGCCAAGGGACCUCGGUAGCGGCCCUCGCCACGGCCCGCAAGGUCUCGGGCGCAUAG